CCUGUGGGUGGACCUUGGAGCUCUGAGUAACGCAGCUGUCAGAGAGAGAGAGAGCGAGCUGUCAGAGGGAGCGCUGAUCAAACACACACCGAGACUCUCCCUCACACACAAACACACACACACUCUCGCAGAGUGCGAGAACACUAUCGCACACGCAGCAGGUCUCAGGUACGAUGUACCGCUGCGUUUGAAGGCGGGAACGCGCCGAGGAGCGAUUCCUCCACCUUCCCCUCCGUCUCUGUUGGGAUUUUAUGCGCCGCGCGCUCACGAUACUUCGGGAAUAAAUCUUUUUUUUUUUUUUUUUUUUUUUGAAAAAUAGAAAAAAAAAAAAAAAAAAAGCUGAGGAAGUCUCGAGCCUGAGAAACUUAAGGGACUGGAAAAGGGAAUUUUGAGCGCGAUGAAAACAAAAAGAGUGGUGGCGCUGCCGUCGGGGAGCGAGACGGAGGAGGAUGACAGCCUGGAUGUCCCCCUGGACCUGUCGUCGAGUGCAGCCAGCGGGAAGCGGCGGCGACGGGGCAACCUGCCCAAAGAGUCGGUGCAGAUCUUGCGCGACUGGCUGUACGAGCACCGCUACAACGCUUACCCGUCCGAGCAGGAGAAGGCACUCCUGUCCAGACAGACCCAUCUGUCCACGCUGCAGGUCUGUAACUGGUUCAUCAAUGCACGCAGACGGCUGCUUCCCGAGAUGCUGAGGAAGGACGGCAAGGAUCCCAACCAGUUCACCAUCUCUCGCAGAGGGAGCAAAGGCGCAGAGGGGAGCGUGCCGGACAGCUCCGUGUCACCGGGACCUGUUGCCGCCGAGACCGAGGAUGGACACACACUUUACCCGUCCAGCUUCGAGCCUAGUGUCCCCCGGAAGCCUCCAUCGCCAAAGACCCCUCAUGUUUCCACUGUGCCGCCCAGACCGUCCGUCAUCUGCCACACCACGGUGACGGGACCAUCGCGGAGCCCCCUGCACCUGGGACCACCGGCGCUCACGGAAGAGGCCACCGAGCUGCUGUCUGCUGGUGGCGAGCGCAACGCCAGCCCCCAGGGGGGCCUCUUCAACACCCCUCCCCCGACCCCGCCAGACCUCACGCAGGACUUCAGCGGUUUCCAGCUACUGGUGGAUGUGGCCCUGAAGAGGCGGGCCGAGCUGGAGCUACAGUCCAAGUAGCUGGAAUCCCGACCCGCCCCCGGCUGGGCAUUCUGCCAACUCCCAUCCACUGACCACAGAAGCACCACCAGCAAAAAAAAAAAAAAAAAA